GAGCUGGGCGGACGCAGGGUCCACUCAGCGCUGCCCGCCCGUCCCGAGCUGUCACUUGGCCAUCCGCUCCGUCCCGACCUCGCCGCCAGCAUGAUGUGCGGGGCGCCCAGCGCCACGCAGCCGGCCACGGCCGAGACGCAGGACAUCGCCGACCAGGUGAAGUCCCAGCUUGAAGAGAAAGAAAACCAGAAGUUUCCUGUUUUCAAGGCUGUGUCCUACAAGAGCCAGGUGGUGGCAGGAACCAACUACUUCAUCAAGGUCGACGUUGGAGGUGAAAACUUCGUGCACUUGAGGGUGUUCAGGAGCCUCCCUCACGAGAACAAGCCCUUGACCCUGUCUGCCUACCAGACCAACAAGGCCAAGCACGAUGAGCUGACCUAUUUCUAGUCCUCCUUUGUCCCCACGACGGAUCCUGCAGGAUUCUGCUGUCUACGGCAUGUCUUUGGGACCACAGAACGAAUGUCAUCUCUGCGCUGUACCCCCUGUGGCACAGGGCACGGGGGGCAGUAGGAAGCAGCUCCUCCUACGUGGUGGUCUGAUGUCAUUGUAUUAGUAUUUUUCCUGUCUGAUGUAUGAUCUUGGUUAUUUUCAAAGAGAGCCACACAUGGUCUAUCUUUAAAUAUAUUUUAAUGUCUUUAUCAAG